AUGGCGACAUCAAGUUCGGAGGAUUCCAGUUUAGCUCCGACCGAUUUCGAUCUUUCAGAGUCUACGGAUGACAAUUUAUGCGCUAUUAGUGUUGCAGUUGAACGAUGCCCUUUAUGUUUUACCACUAGGCGUCCGAUUUAUUGUCAUAUAUGCGUAGGAAACGGGGAUUUUACGCAUUCAAAGCUGCAAUCUAGUCAAAGGUAUUCAGACAAGCAGCAGUCAUGGUGUGUCAUGAAACAAGAGAGGCUCAAACUGUUAGAAAGGUUCAACAAAGAAAUUCAAGGUCACAACUUAAGGGAUCGGAAACAAACUGAAAUCAGGUGUCUUAGAGAAAAGUUGCAGUGUCUCAAAAGUGCAGUAGAUGAAAGGAAAAACAAACUGACUGAAGGAAAAGCCAGGUUGAAAGAACUAGAAGAGCAAAAUCAAAUCCGAAGUGCCAAAACAAGAAAAUACAAAGAAAAGAUUCAACGAAUUACUAAAUACAUGAGACAAACUGAAAAUCAUGUUGAAAAAUAUACAGAACGGUUCCAUGAAAUGCGUGAACAGAUAGGACUGUUAAGUUGCGCUCAUAUUAAUGAUCUAGUCACAUAUAUAUUCCCUAUUGAGGAAAUCCAACCUAAAGGUCAGGGAGAGCAAGACAGCAUGCAGAUGAGCACAGUGUCAGCCCUGGCUGAGGCUAGGAGGACAUCUUACAUCAAAGGUCGCUGGAUCUACCUUGAUAAUGGGGGAGAACUGCAGUACUCUAUAGUAGAACCAACCCUUCCUGGCAAUGGGGACUACUCACCUUAUACAAUAUGGUUGACAGCUAACAGAGAUAGUGUUCCAAGUGCUGAUGGUGAACUCGACCAGAGGAACCCACAUCACACUAUAGGAGCCGCCCUUGCCUUCACUGCACAGUUCACGCAGAUUCUGUCCUAUCUCUUGGAUGUUAACUUACCUAAGAAGGUGCAGUUUGGAGACUUCUGCAAGGAGUUGUCAGAGGGCCAGUUUGAAAGAUUGGUGUUUCAUCUAAACCAUAACAUACUACAGCUGUGUUUCUCUCAGAAUGUUGACUCUGAUGCUCUUCACUACAAACACACAGUUCACAAUCUGCUUACCCUGCUCAAGACUGCACAUCUUGGAAGAAAUGGAUAUUUCGAUGUCAAUCCUGAACUAAUGCAAUCUCUUGAAGAGAACGUCCAAUCAGAAUACAGCGAUGAUGAUCUUACAUCAGAUGAAGAUGAAACAGACUUUGGCAUAAAUGAGUGGGAGCCAGUCCCGACUAGUCUACCUGAGGCUGAGUUUGUCAUGUCUAGAACUCAGGAUAUGUUAGUAUCAGGAACUUCACCCCCUGCAGGAUCAUUACUAACCCAGAGCACAGCAGGGGGUCUUAUGGCAUCUGUAGCAUCUCUCUGGAGGGCUGCCACUCGCAGUGACAAGUAGAAUAAAAUAGACUGCUGACAAGUAACCAAUAACUCACCAAGUACAAUUGUACAUGUAAAUGUACUUUCAAAUGCGUUCAUAAAAAACAUCGGACUACUAUUCUGGAUCAUUUAAUUUUCAAUUGCCAAUCUCUCAUGAACAUUUCCACUAGAUUAUUAAAAAUAAAAUGACCUAGUUUUUUAAAGAUAGUUUUACUUGGGUAAAUGCUUUGCAAGACCUAGUUUUUUGCAGCCGUGUUGAGUGGAAAAUGGCUACUUUAGAUUGGACAAACAUUUUUUAAGUUUGUUGCCUUAUUUUGCAAAAUAUUAUCAACAUCUUUACAUGCCUCCACAGUAACUGGAACAAUUGAUUUACUGAUCUAUAAUGGAGUAAUGUACGUACAUUAUGUAUGACCACUAAAUUUCAUAAU